AUGUCUACCGUCUUGACUUCGGCGGUUGAAAAUGAUCUGCGGGCCAUUCUCAAACAUCUGGAAGUCCUCCAAGCGUCACGCCACUCUAUAUCCGACAUCCAGGAGAAGAUUGGCAACUGCCGGAGCCCAAGUUCACUCCCCUACCUGUCUUCUGCUCUACCCUUUGCAGACCCUCGGUUAUUGGACCAACUGGAUGAAGCCCAAAACACCAAGCGGUAUGCCCUCAAGGAGCUUCGCGCGAUUACCCGUCUCGCGUCGCUUGCUAUCCGCCGGAUAGAGGAGGUUGAGAGGUUUACCCCAACGGCCAACCCUCACCCAGGCUUGGUAGAAAUGAGGGGACUCUUGGUAGAGGAAAUGUUGGAUUCGUUCCUUCCGGAUCUACUAGCGAAGGCCUCAAGAAAUGAGACUUCACUAGACGCUGAGUUUGGCAAAGCGAAACGGUUCAUUUCCGAUUUUCUGGCGCAUUGUUGA